CAUGUCCUGCGCACCGGCUGCUUCCCCUUCAUCAAGUACCACUGCUCCAAGGCGCCGUGGCAGGACCUGGCCCCGCAGGACCGCUUCUUCACGGCGCUCAAGGUCAUCAACCUGGAUGCCUUCACUUCUGCCUGGAGAUGGGGCAGUCAGCCAGCCCUAACACGCGGUCUCUGCUCCGCCCCAACCUGCCCUCUUCCAACAUGGCGCCCCAGGAGGCGGGUCCCACUCGUCGGCUCCCCGGGUUCCGGCGCCGUGAGUUUUGGUUCCGGAGUAACAGCGUUCUAGCAGUCUCCUUCCUCCUCGCACCGCCACCUCCGCCGCCGGGACGCGGGCCUUCGUCGGCCGAACCCGCACGCCCCGCACCCUCCGGUUCCGGCUGCCGCCCGGGGCCCGCCCCCUGACCUCGCGGUCCUGGGGUCCCGCUCAGGUGGAGGGCAGGCGGCACCGGUGCUCCUCCGUAACAGCCCCGACCCAGCGCGCGGCGUCCAGACACCUUCCCUUUGCCCACCCAGCCACCUAGAAAGGCAGGACACUGGCUGAUGCACUUCCCCUAAACCAGGCCGUUGCUCUGCUGUCUCCUCUUACUCACACGGACUUCAGAAUGCUUGUCGGUUCUGUUUUGUCCACUUUUGUAACUCCAGGACCUUCCGCUCUCUGCUAAUACCUUUUGGCCCGUACCCCUUCCCCAGUGCAUCCUCCCCCAGAGACACUCAAGCUCCACACGACCUGGGCCUGGUUCGGGCCCUGCCAGCCCCUCUUCACUUCUUCCACUUGAUCGCCCCUCUUCACUUCUUCCACCUUUCUGCUCCCUGUUUUUAUCGCCUGUCUGUGUCCCUUCGUUCCCCUUGUCACUUCUUGGGGCUCCUCCUAAACAGGGGCCAGUCGGUACCCCUUGCCCCAGGAUGUGAGACCCUUUAACCUGUAAUGCUGUGGCUGGCCCUUGGCGCCUCCCCUGCCAUGGAGAACCAAGUGCUGGUGAUUCGGAUCAAGAUUCCAAAUAGUGGCGCGGUGGACUGGACCGUGCACUCCGGGCCGCAGUUACUCUUCAGGGAUGUGCUGGAUGUGAUAGGCCAGGUUCUGCCUGAAGCAACAACGACAGCCUUUGAAUAUGAAGAUGAAGAUGGAGAUAGGAUUACAGUGAGAAGUGAUGAAGAAAUGAAGGCGAUGCUGUCAUACUAUUAUUCCACAGUAAUGGAACAGCAAGUAAAUGGCCAGCUAAUAGAGCCACUGCAGAUAUUUCCAAGAGCCUGCAAGCCUCCUGGGGAACGGAACAUACAUGGCCUGAAGGUGAAUACGCGGGCUGGACCAUCUCAACAUACCAGCCCUGUGGUCUCAGACUCACUUCCAAGCAAUAGCUUGAAGAAGUCCUCGGCUGAACUGAAAAAGAUACUGGCCAAUGGCCAGAUGAAUGAACAAGACAUACGGUAUCGAGACACCCUUGGUCAUGGCAGCGGAGGCACAGUCUACAAAGCAUAUCAUGUCCCAAGUGGGAAAAUUUUAGCUGUAAAGGUUAUUCUGUUAGACAUUACACUGGAGCUUCAGAAGCAGAUCAUGUCUGAGUUGGAAAUUCUUUAUAAGUGUGACUCAUCGUAUAUCAUAGGAUUUUACGGGGCAUUUUUUGUAGAAAACAGGAUUUCAAUUUGUACAGAAUUCAUGGAUGGGGGGUCUUUGGAUGUAUAUAGGAAAAUUCCAGAGCAUGUCCUCGGAAGAAUUGCAGUGGCGGUUGUUAAAGGCCUUACCUAUUUGUGGAGUUUAAAGAUUUUACACAGAGAUGUGAAGCCCUCCAACAUGCUAGUCAACACAGGCGGACAGGUCAAGCUGUGUGACUUCGGCGUCAGCACCCAGCUGGUGAAUUCUAUAGCCAAGACGUAUGUUGGAACAAAUGCUUAUAUGGCACCAGAAAGAAUCUCAGGAGAGCAGUAUGGAAUCCACUCUGACGUGUGGAGCUUAGGGAUCUCUUUCAUGGAGCUUGCUCUUGGGAGGUUUCCAUAUCCUCAGAUUCAGAAAAACCAGGGAUCUUUAAUGCCUCUCCAGCUUCUACAGUGCAUUGUUGAUGAGGAUUCACCAGUCCUUCCGCUUGGCGAGUUCUCGGAGCCGUUUGUACAUUUCAUCACUCAGUGCAUGAGGAAACAGCCCAAAGAAAGACCAGCACCCGAGGAACUGAUGGGUCACCCGUUCAUCAUGCAGUUCAAUGAUGGAAACUCCACCGUGGUGUCCAUGUGGGUGUGCAGAGCGCUAGAGGAGAGGCGGAGCCAGCAGGGGCCCCCGUGAGGCCUCAGCAGGACACUGACUAUCCAGGACUAGUCACCAAGGACACAACAAGCCAUGACCCCUCUCCGUCUGCUGCCUGAUUGGGAAGAGCUGUACUGGGCCCAGCCUCCUGCUUUCACCUCUUACCCUACCUAGGGAGCCCUCAAGAGAGCCAGCCUCUGCUGAACCCCUCACCGCUGGGGUGACGAUAAUGAAUAUGGCAGGUGGAGAUGAUGCAGAGGGUGUGGGGGGAGGGUGAUGGGGUUAUAAGGAUGGCACCUCCUCUGGCCUCCCCUCCUGUGUUUCCCUACUGUCCAUUGUAAAGGGUCGGGCCCUUCGGCAGCACUGAUGGUAUAAACGUGUUACUGCUUUGGA